AUGGUCAGCAUCCUCCUCUACGGCACCGGCUCCGUCGGCAGCAUCUACCUGCACCAACUCCAACGCGCCAAUUGCAAAGUAACAGCAGUCUGCCGCUCCAACUACACCGCAGUCCAGCAAUCCGGCCUCACGCUCCACAGCCCACUCUUCGGCACCGUCACCUACCGCCCCGACCACCUCAUCCGCAGCCUUACCGACUGUCCGCAGGGCGUCGUCUACGACUACAUCCUAAUCACCACGAAAGCGCUCAGCCCGGAGACACGGCCCACCCUCGCAGACCAACUCCGGCCCCUCCUCACCUCCCCGCACACAACGCCCGAAACAGCAAUCGUCCUCGCCCAGAACGGCAUUGAUAUCGAACAGGCCCUCGCAGACGCAUACCCGACUCAUCCCAUCCUCUCCGCAGUCAUCUACCUCCCCGCAACGCAGUCCACCCCAGGAGUAAUCCACCACGCCGAACCCCUCAACCGCAUCGAAGUAGGCACAUACCCCGCCUCCGCGCCUGCGCACCACAAGGCCGCCGCAUCGCACUUCCGCGACCUAAUGGCGGCCGGAGGAGGCGACGCCAUCUUAAAAGAAGACAUCCAAACAGCACGGUGGUCAAAGCUGCUCCUCAACGCAUCCUGGAACCCCAUCUGCGCGCUAUCCCUCUGCACAGACGGCGGGUUCCUGCUGACGUCUACGCCCUUCGCGCGCGAUCUUGUCUGGGGCAUCAUGAUGGAGAUAGUGGCGCUGGCUGCGAAGGUGGGUGUCCAUGGGGUGGAUGAGGAUGCUGCGCGCGAGAAGUUGGCUAUUGCGGAGAGGAGGGCGGAGACGGGGACUGGGAGGGAGAUGAGUAUGUUGCAGGAUGUGAGGGCUGGGAGGCCGUUUGAGGUGGAGGUUAUUCUGGGGAAUACGGUGCGGUUGGGGAGGAGGUGGGGGGUGGCGAUGCCGCGGUUGGAGACGGUUUAUGCGUUGGCGAAGGGACGGUAUGAUGUUUUGGUGGGGGAUACUUAG